AUGCCUCCGCAGCAGGAAAGAUGGAUAGUCUGGAACGACAGCCCGCACCACUACUGCCACGAGCGAUCUCUCUUCUUCAACCUCGACGAAGACCUCUCAGCGGAUCGGACCAAGGAUUUCGUGGUGCUUGGGAAGGGCGACGUCGUGAUCCCCAUUACAAGAAGCGACAGGCUGACAGCCAUCCGACUCCAGGACGUCUUGUACUACAAGACGGACAAGCCGCGGAACAUAAUCAAUCUGAAAGCCUUGCAGCGCGAUUAUACCAGAUUGGUUCUGAGUCAAAUUAUCAAGAUUGGGAUCUACGGCACUGCAAUCGAGCAUGUCGAUGAACCAGGGAAGGCGCUGCUAGUUGUGGACGAGUACGAUGCUGAGCGUUAA